UGGGCGUGCCCCCACUCCGAGCUUUUCAAGAGUUCUUGUCUCUAUCCAUGCUCCGAAUGGGGCGGAGUCCGGUAUAUAAAGCGCGUGUCAAACGUUGGAACCUUCACUUCUCACUCUCGAGAACUUUUUCUUCGUCAAUGUCCUUCUCCUCUCUUCUCUUCCUUUUCGCCUUCAUCGGUUGUGCAUCGGCUCUGAGCUGCCACGUGGGCUUUGGGCACAAGACUGUCGUGAUGCCAGGAUUCAAAUAUUGCCUGAAAACAGUGUCCGGAGCAACGAAGCUUAUCGCCUACUCGGCUACCAACGACGAGGCCAGUCAUAUGGACGGGCGCUGUUUGAUUUCGCCAAGCACAAGACCGACUUCAUCAUAGAUUGUUACUGCCAAAGCGAGGAAUGCAACGCUCCAGCAUCCACAAAACAGGCUUUCAGCACAUUCCAAGAGUUCAGAGAGAAGCUCUCCAACUUCGCCAAAUCCGCAUAGAAGCCUGCUUUUUUCCAGUCCCCAUUAUAAAUUAUAGUUGACAAUUACCUAUCAUAGUUAAACUGCCGUUUUCAUUUUUUUUUCCCAAAAAGUUAGUAUUUUUGUUUCAAUCCGUAUUUAAAAUUUCAAUUGAUAGCUUUUUCUUGUUGAAUUGAUUAUCUCCAAUUACCUCUAACAUGCCACUAGUCCUACCUGAAUCUGACUCUGAAAUUCCACAAAUUUGAAAAUUAAAAAACCAAAAAAAAAAGAGAAAAAAACAAAAACCCAAAAAAAAACAUAAAAAUUUAAAAUUCCAAAAAAAGUAACAUUUCACUUUAAUUUCCUGUUAUUAAAAAUUAUUAAGCAUUUUUGUUUUGUUUUGUAAUGUAAUUUUUGUUUUCCAACUACUCUUAAAGUUUUAAUGUAGCGCUAGUCUUUUUUCUUCGUAUUUUUUUAAAACUUUUUUAUUUUCUUAAAUGAAUAAUGUAAUCC